CCUCUUUGCUUUAUGAAGUCAUUUAGGCUCGGAGGAAGGACAUAGGGAAGGUCCUGGUGUUAGCAAGGGGCAACUCUAGCAAAACCCUCCGGCACAGCACAGUGCCACCGUUUGCUUGGGACCCUAAGAGAUGGAGUCCAUCUGUUCUUCACAGGAACACGGAGCUGUCGUCGGAGCCUCGAGUGUGGGCGUGGGCCAGCGACUGUCACCCACUAGAGCAAAGUGACUCCCAUGGAGCGGGCUGGGUUUGCGCCCUGCGCGUGCAUAAAGCCCUUUAUUGAGGCGACAGGUGACGCAGGGUAGGCGCCGCGUGAACUGGGCGCCUGAGCUAUCGGGCGCGGGAGCAAGCAGGAGCAGGAGCAAGCAAGCAAGCGCGUUUCCGCGGCGGGGCCGCUGCGAGUGCGCGGCCAUGUGCACCUAGGGCGCGCUGCCCUGGGUCGGGGCCGCGGCCGGCGCGCGGCUGACCUGCGGGGCAUAGUGAAUAGAGCGGCGCAGAUGUUACAUCGGGCUUCUAUGUAAGGAAACGAUUGUGAUCAUUUGUCAUGGCGUAUGGCUUGCCGAGAAGGAACACAGUGCAAAACAUUUUGAAGGGCAGCUGUUAUAAAAUACAGGAACCAUGGGACCUUGCGGAGCUCACAAAGACCUGGUAUUCAAACUUGACGAACAUCAACUUGCCGUUCUUGGGAGAAAUCGCAUUUGGUAGCCCUAUGAAUCUCUUGGCAGGCCAAACCAAACAAGACUGCCCGCUCCCUUCAAUGCAAACCAUGGCACUUGAAAAGGAGUACGAAGCAAAGCGCCUAGCGAAGCUGAAGUCUAAGGAGAACGCGUGUAAGGAGAUGCAGGUUUCACUGAGGGAAAAGAGUGUCGGCCUGAGAAGACCACUUCAGCCCAAGUGACCCGACCACGUAGCGUCAAACCUGAACCUGUUUCCGGCAUCCACGGGCGGCGAAGCUUUCGGAUUCCUCCACAGUGUCAAGUAGACACAGCACUGUGUCUAUGGGCGAUGGGGCCAAUGUUGCUAGACCUGGCUCGGCGAACGCUGACAGAGCCCCCGGGUUCCUGCCACACUCCUGUUCUUUGUGCCCCACACAGCAGCCCUCUCUGUAAGUAGAUGAGAACGCAUCUGGAGUUGAGUCGUUUUGUGUUCGCUCGUUUCAAUGUCUGUAAGAUCGCGUGCGGAAGAGGACAGUUCUUGUGAGAGUCAGCGCUCUGAAGAGACGUUUGCGAUCCCAAGGAGACUUCUCAAAACGAAGUCAGAAAGAAGUCCUUUUAAAAUGAGAAACCGCAUUUUUUCUUUUUUUCUUUUUUUUCUGGUUAAGAAAAACAGAAAAACGAUUAAGAUUUCCUUUCUGUCAACUCUUCAGUUACCAAUUUUUGGUAAAGUUUCGUUUAAUCGUUCUCACGUGCCACUUCAUGUUUAAAUUUUUUAUCACGUGGUACUUUAAAGUAAGACUUACUUGGCUUUUGUUCUUCUGGAAAAAAAUGUUGAGCCGCUUUCUUUCUGGCUAAUAUUCUUUCUGCAACGGACCUGGAGCAGGUGCGGCACGUGUGUGUGAAAGGGACACAGAGGGACAAAGACGGCCUCACUGUGAGGAAAAUUUAUAUUUGCAGAGAGGCUGGGGAAUGAGCAAAUAAAGAGAAAGAACUGAGUUUGUAUGAACAAAGUUUUCUAGAAUUUGAAUCCAAUAAAGCAUAUUUGGAUACUA